CAGAAGCAUUUCCUCGUGUGUCUGGCCACAGAAGGUGGGUGUAACAACAACGAUAUUUUAGCGCAACUUACUCUGUUUUCUUUUUUUUUUUUGUUAUGUCAUCCACAUGGCUCCUCAUGAUGAGCCUGACAAGCUCAACCGCUGGGCUCGCUCCAUCGAGACGGUCCGUAAUCCGCCACUUUGCAUCCUCGAGCGCAACCACGACUGAAACGCGCAAGUGUCCAGGAGGUUCUGGACCACUCUUGGAAGACUUGUCAGCACCACCAGUGACGCCGCAUGACAGGAUGCGGCGCGCUCACCUCGAUGGUCGUCGAAGACACUGCAGGACUUGCGAUGCAUUCAAAGACGCAUGGACGAUGGAGGUGAAUCCAGGGCGUCGGCAAGCUGAAGGACGCGAUCAAGUUCGCAUCGUCAGGAGCUCUACGCUUUACCCUCAGGCACUCUUCCGCCACCCAUUUGCUGUUCGUCAACGCGUCAAGCGUCACAUCCUCAAACCGUCCACUCUUAAUUAGCACCAUCUCCAGCGAUCUGCAAAGGGGCGUCAGACAUCACGGAACAGUAUUCCAUGCCUGUCUUGGUCGCCGGGGACAGCGAGAAAGUCUCAGCCGCCACCUCGUACGUGGAUGG